AAGUGUUGGUCCCAAAGAGCUGUUGGAAGGCGCCGGGAGGAGCCGAGCAGAUUCUGUGUUCUAGCGGUUAACCAGAGGAGAGAGGUUACCUAGCUGAUAUCUUCUUAUUCUGGGCUUCUGCUUGGGCAAGAACUAUGUCAUGGAUCAAGGAAGGAAAGUUGUCACUGUGGGAGCGGUUCUGUGCCAACAUCAUAAAGGCAGGCCCAAUACCCAAACACAUUGCAUUUAUAAUGGAUGGGAACCGUCGCUAUGCCAAGAAGUGCCAAGUGGAGCGUCAGGAGGGCCACUUACAGGGCUUCAACAAGCUGGCUGAGACUCUGCACUGGUGUUUGAACCUGGGCAUCCGAGAGGUGACGGUGUACGCGUUCAGCAUUGAGAACUUCAAACGUUCCAAGAGUGAAGUAGCCGGGCUAAUGGAUAUGGCCCGGCAGAAGUUCGGCCGUUUGCUGGAAGAACAGGAGAAACUGCAGAAGCAUGGGGUAUGUAUCCGGGUCCUAGGUGAUCUGCAUCUGUUGCCCUUGGAUCUGCAGGAGCUGAUUGCACAAGCUGUGCAGGCCACCAAGAACUACAACCAGUGUUUCCUGAACGUCUGCUUUGCAUACACGUCCCGUCACGAGAUCAGCAAUGCUGUGAGAGAGAUGGCCUGGGGAGUGGAGCAGGGUCUGUUGGAUCCCAGCGAUGUCUCUGAGUCUCUGCUUGAAAAGUGCCUCUAUACCUACCACUCUCCUAAUCCUGACAUCUUGAUACGGACUUCUGGGGAAGUGAGGCUCAGUGACUUCCUGCUCUGGCAGACCUCCCACUCCUGCCUGGUGUUCCAGCCUGUUCUGUGGCCAGAAUACAUGUUUUGGAACCUCUGUGAAGCCAUCCUGCAGUUUCAAAUCAACCAUAGCAUGCUUCAGCAGAAGGCCCGAGACAAGUAUGCAGAGGAUCGGAAGAGGCAGCAGCUGGAGAGGGACCAGGCUGCAGUGACAGAGCAGCUGCUGCAAGAGGGGCUCCAGGCCAGUGGGGAUGCCCAGCUCCGACGGACACGGUUGCACAAACUCUCAGCCAAACGGGAAGAGCGAGUCCAAGGCUUCCUGCAGGCCUUGGAACUCAAGCGGGCUGACUGGCUGGCACGUCUGGGCACUGCAUCAGCCUAAGUGAUGCUGGCCUGCUACUUUGCCCUGCCCUCUGCCUCCAGGGCCCCACUCCCCUUUCUUUUCUUGAAGGGUAACUCCCUCCUGAUGAUGAAUUGUGUUCCCUUUGCUUGGCAGGGAGCCCCAGUGGCCAGUUUAUGUGGGCCAUAGAUACCUUUGAGUUGUGUGGGACAGUGGUCCUUGGGAGGGUUGAGGCUGAGUCUCCCACAAGUACACUAAAUGCAGCUCUCAUCACCAAUAGGUUUGGAGAACAGGUGGCCCCAGCUCUUCUGCUGCCUGCUCCUUCCAUCUUUGCCACCUCUACCUGUGCUCCUAGAUGCACUCCCCUCCACCCAGCACCUCCUUCAACACACAAUUGUGGGGAAGAGGUCUCCCCAAACCUUCACCCUUUACCCAUCCAUCUUAGCCUUCCGUCUGACUUUCACAAAAGAUUUGGCUCCACCUCAGAUCUGCUGGUAAAUAGCUAAUUGGCAGCUUGCGUCAUUUGGGCUAGGAAGGAAAGGGAGAGAUGGAAAGAAAAUUUGCCCAUCUGCUGAUCCUCCCCCUUGGCUCUCCACCUGGGAUUUGCUAUUGAAUCUCUACCCCCUCCCACCACGCAGUGCUGAUUGCUCACUGAAAGGCUCAGCGCCCCCAAUGGCGCAGAAGCCAGGCGGGUGAUUACAAUCCAAUUACCUAUUGUCAACUCAGCCCACACAAGCUUUCCUCCUCUUGCAGGGCAUGGGGCCAGACUCCAGGGUAAAAGAAGGGCCUUAUAGACCCUGGUGGGUCUAGUCCAGCACAGACCUCUUUCCCUGGAACACAUCAGAACCAAAAACACAGAAAGUACCACUUCCCAACUGACUGCCUCUUCCCUCACCAUCUCAGACUCUGCCUCCCACUCCCUCAAUCUUUGAGGCUUCUCUCAGCUUUUUGGCCUGGCCCCCUAAGUAGGCCCUGAGACGAUUUAUUCUCAGCUUGUCAGUGUCAGCUUGUGAGAGCCGUGGCUGCCCAGCAGGAAGGAGAGGGUUGAGUCAAGGGCUGUGUCCUUUCCCUUACCUCUCCCUGCCAGGCCUCACUGCAGAGCUGCUGAGAGGAUUAGUGCCUUUGAAGAGCUAUCUGCCUGAGCAUCUCUGCUUCAGGUGCCCCAGAGCAGCAGUACCAACCAAUGGCUACUCUUCAGUCUUUCCAUUUUACUCUCCGCAAACUUUUCCCUAGCACCUCCCCUCUAGGGGAAGGGUGGGGUCUUGCAAGAGUGUACUCUUUAACCCCCGACUUCCCUAUACUCUAGUCUCCCUGCCUUCCGCCUAAAUACCCGACACUAGAAAAUCAAAUUUAAAUGUCAGACACUAUGAUUGAGAAUUAGAUCAAUGCAAGCCUCCCUCACACCUGGCACAGGGUUCCGAGAGAGCAGGUGCUGUACAUUUUCCAGCUUUACAAUGGGGCAGUUGACAGCCUCAAUUAGGGAGGCAUGAAUUAUGGGGCUAUAAUGCAGAGCCCUACAAUUAAGGGAAUGAGGGGCUGGAGGCAGCAAACAAUCUGCCCUGUGAGCAUGACGGAGUCUUGUCUCUGUUCUGGGUUUCCCCUGAUAUGAUUAGGGUACAGAAGAAGUGAUUAAUGGGGCUGGUAUCUCUCUUUGGCCUGAGGUCCUGUAUCCUGGGAAAGGUAGGCAGGUUGAGAUGGGGAGGGGCUGCCCCAGGAGCAUUGUAGAGGUAGGCAAGAGAAGAGACUGAGGGGCCUGUGCUGCCCAGGAGCAGGGCUGCAAAUGAUUUGAACUCGUGGUUGCUCUCUACCUGUGUAGAGAUUUGUACCAACCAGCUUAAACCCUUGCGUCAAUAAACUAGAUGGGACCUAUUUAAAUGUCCUCCCACCUGUGAGCCAAGCCCCCAAUUGAGGAUAUUUAUCAUGUUCUUGUGUUCUCCUGGGUGUCAAAUAGAAAUUUAAGAACUCUUAGAUGUAAAA